AUUACACCGCCUAAAUGAUUUUUUAUACGUCACGCUCAGGCCAAAACAUCCAGUAUCUACUGACAAAUAAGAAUAUUUCUAGAUGUAACUCCAGAAUAAUCGGACUGAAGAGAGUACGGGUUGAAAAUGAGUGUCUCAAUCGGUGAUAAAAUUGAGGACUUCAAAGUUCUCACUUUGCUGGGCAAAGGCUCUUUUGCAUGUGUUUACAGAGCCAAAUCUGUAAAUACAGGCUUGGAAGUAGCCAUCAAAAUGAUUGACAAGAAGGCCAUGCACAAAGCGGGCAUGGUGCAGAGAGUCAUUAAUGAGGUGGAGAUUCAGUGUCGGUUGAAGCACCCAUCAGUUCUUGAGCUGUACAAUUACUUUGAGGACAGUAAUUAUGUGUACUUGGUUCUGGAGAUGUGUCACAAUGGGGAAAUGAGCUGCUUCCUGAAAGAAAGGAAGAAACCAUUUACAGAGGAAGAGGCAAGGCACUUCAUGCAUCAGAUUGUAAAGGGGAUGCUGUACCUCCACACUCAUGGAAUUUUGCACAGAGAUCUGACCCUCUCCAACCUCCUGCUCAGCAGCAGUAUGAACAUUAAAAUCGCAGACUUCGGCCUGGCAACACAGCUCAAGCUGCCCAGCGAGAAGCACUUCACCAUGUGUGGCACACCCAACUACAUCUCUCCCGAAGUGGCCACACGCAGCGCUCACGGCCUGGAGUCAGAUGUUUGGUCGCUGGGCUGCAUGUUUUAUGCCUUCCUCACGGGCAGACCUCCAUUUGACACGGAUACGGUGAAACACACCCUCAAUAAGGUGGUUCUGGGAGAGUAUCGGAUGCCCACACACAUUUCGGAAGAAGCUCAGGAUCUGAUUCAGCAACUGUUGCAGAGGAACCCCGCCCUCAGGCCUAGCCUCACAGCUGCGCUAGACCACCCCUUUAUGACCCAGAUGGGGCCCACUUCAAGCAAAGACUGUGGGAGCAGUGAAGGAGGGUCUAUAGACAGCGGCAUAGCCACCAUAUCCACAGCAUCCAACACCACCAGCAACAGCAGUGGCAGUCGGAUACAGAGGAAAGCCAGGCAGGUGAUUGGACAGCCCUUACCCAAUCGGAUGGUGCCCAUCCUCAGUCCCUCCCAUCAUUCCACCAGCACCAGUUUUAGGAGUGGGCAAGAUUGGCAGCCGAAUUCACAGGAUGAUUUAUCUAGAAUGGGUUGUGGGCGAGUUCCACUGGGUGCUGACAGUGGAAGGUCUCAUUCUCGUUACCUGAGACGAGCUCAUUCGUCAGAUCGAUCCGGCGCUGGGUUUAGCCACACUCAACAGGAGGUGGAGCUAGAGAGAUGUCACUCAGAAGAGAUGCUUCCAGGGUCUGGUCGGUUGUUCCCACCCACCUCCAGUUAUAGAGAAAUGCCUCAUAGCUACUCCGAGCAUAGGCGUCUCCCCUCUCCACCUGUCAAACAGCCUGCAAAUCCAGGAUCUUCUUUUUCUACAUCAAAACUUCCUACGAGACUACAAAUAUCUGACUCUCAAACACAGCCUUGGUUCAGCAAUGAUGGACUUUUUAAGAGGCCAGCAGACCUGAGCAGUCACAGCAGCAGUGGGAGCUUUCACACUGGACAGGGGCUAGUAGGAACUCAAACCUCCUGCAGUGACAAACUCAGCAACCUUCACUCCCAGCAGCAACCCAACCUGUUCCCUAAUACAAACACAGGACCCAGCAGGGGCGACAGGUUUGCAUCAGGCCACAAAACAGAACCUCAAGUUUUGGGUCCACCCUUCUCCAAAGGCAAAGCAAACCUAGAGAAGGAAAAAGCAUGCCCUAAGAAGAGCUUCCCACCGCUCUGUGCUGCUAGACUCAAGCCCAUUAGACAAAAGACCAAAAAUGCUAUAGUGAGUAUCCUGGACACAGGAGAGGUGUGUAUGGAGCUGCUGAAAGGACAUGGAGCUCUGGAGAGAGUCAAAGAGGUGCUAAGGAUCUCCUGUGAUGGAUCCAUGGUUACAGUGUACCAGCCAAAUGAAGGUAAAGGCUUCCCUGUGCUGGACCAUCCACCCUCACCACCUGAAGACAUUCUCAUCUGCAGCUAUGAGGAUUUACCAGAAAACUACUGGAAGAAGUAUCAGUAUGCCACCAAGUUUGUCCAGUUGGUGAAAUCAAAGACCCCCAAAGUCACUUUGUACACAAAGUUUGCCAAGUGCAUGUUGAUGGAGAAUUCUCCUAACGCAGACUUGGAGGUGUGCUUUUAUGAUGGUGCAAAAACCCAUAAGACGAGUGAGCAGGUACAUAUGGUGGAGAAGAAUGGUAAGUCGUACACGAUGAAGGGUGAUGUUGGGCUGAGCGGACUGAGCCCUGACUGCAGACUCUACAUAGAGCUCUCUGAGGAGGGUCACCAGAUGUGUUUGUCUUUGGAAGCGGCAAUCAAUGCUGAAGAGAAGCGUAGCGCUAAAAACACUCAAUUCUUUCCCAUCACUAUUGGCAGGAGACUCAUUAAUCCAGCAGUUCCAGUCCCUCAAACUCAGUGUUCCUCUGAUUCGAGUGCAGCUGCACCUGCUGAGGUUGCUCAGGUGUGCCUGAGUCCUCCACAGCCACCCCACAUCACACCAUCAAUGAUUUCCUACUCUGGAUCUGACUUCACCUCAGCUAGCAUGGCUAAAGUCAGCUCACCCCAAUUGGCCAAAGAUGAAUGCGGCUUUAACCCAGGAAAGGUGCUCAAGUCCAUCUUUGUGCCGAACAUUGGUUGGGCCUCUCAGUUAACAAGUGGUGAGGUUUGGGUUCAGUUUAAUGAUGGAUCCCAGCUGAUGGUCCAAGUUGGCGUCUCUUGCAUCACUUUUACUUCACCUGAUGGACACAUCACCAGGUACAAAGAGAAUGAGAAGUUACCAGAGCUGGUCAAAGAGAAGUUGCAUUGUCUCUCCACCAUACUAGGGCUCUUGGCCAGCCCUUCCGCUAGACACUGAGGAGCAUGAAUCACGCUAAACAAACAGUGUUCAUGUGACCUGUCAGAAACACUUCUUUUUUUUUUACAUCAGAUUAAAUUCAUGAAAAUGCUUUGAGUGUUUGUAAAUACUUUUUUAACAUUUGUACAUAUGUGUAGUCCCAAAAAUUAUGAGAAUUAUAUAUUUUUUUAUGUUGUACAUAAUGGGGUUUCUAUCUUUGUCUUGUGUAUACAGAUGUGGUGCCUGUAUUUCUUUUCUACCAGUUGAGUUGAA